UAUAUAUUAUCCUAUUAUAUAUACUCCAUAAAGAAUCAUCGAUCUUUUUAACUCAUUGGUUCCUCCCCUUUGGCUUUUUAUUUCAUCUCUACGACAUUAAAACCAGACCAAACCAAAAACAUUAAUAGUUUUACCACCUUUUUCAAAAAUUCUCUCUUUUACUCCUAUCUUCUGCUUUAGAACUUUGAGGUUUGUAUGUCUCUUCUAUGAUAAGACUCUAACACUCUUUCUCUUUCUCUGUGUUUCUUCUUCUUCGUUUAACCUUAAGUCCUUCAAAGAGUGUUUUCUUUGUUAGAGAAGUGAGCAGAAAUGGGAAGAACACCAUGCUGUGACAAGAAAGGUUUGAAGAAAGGUCCAUGGACUCCAGAAGAAGAUGAGAUUCUCGUCGAGUAUAUCAAGAAAAACAGCCAUGGAAGCUGGAGAACUCUUCCCAAGAACGCUGGGUUACUUCGCUGUGGAAAGAGCUGUAGACUGAGAUGGACUAACUAUCUAAGACCAGACAUAAAGAGAGGUCCUUUCACUCCUGAUGAAGAGAAACUCGUUGUCCAACUUCACGCCAUUCUCGGCAACAGGUGGGCUGCUAUAGCAGCACAGCUUCCAGGGAGAACAGACAAUGAGAUCAAGAACCUGUGGAACACUCACCUGAAGAAACGUCUGCUAAGUAUGGGUCUUGAUCCCAAAACCCAUGAGCCAUUACCUUCAUAUGGGUUAGCCAUACAAGCUCCAGCUUCACCAACAACUCGCCACAUGGCUCAAUGGGAAAGUGCUAGGCUUGAAGCUGAGGCAAGGCUUUCUAGAGAGUCGAUGCUUUUUAAUCCUUCUUCUCUAGGAGGUGGCAAGACCGAUUGUGAUCACUUCUUACGCAUAUGGAACUCAGAGAUUGGUGAUUCUUUCAGAAACCUUGCACCAUUUGAUGAAACAACUACUACUACUAGUCAUAGCCCUUGCUCUAGGACAACAUCUUCCUCGUCUGCUGCACUUCCAAAGAGCUCGAUAAACUCUUGUGUCGGGAAAGAGAUUGUUGUGAAGACUACUCAUGGCUCUGAUUCUUCUCCAUGUUCCAACAAUCUUGAAGAUGUUUCAUCAGACUCUGCUCUUCAACUCCUGCUUGACUUCCCCAUAAGUGAUGAUGACAUGAGCUUCUUGGAAGAGAACGUUGGUAGCUACUCUAAAUUCUGAUCAUAUUU